CUGAGGUGAAUGAGUACGCACAGGAGAGCGCGGCACAGACGGGAUUAUAGUCAGCCAAGGAGGCAGCGGAGGACAAUAACGGAUUAAAAGACAGAAACAACAGGGAUACAAGAAUGAAUAAGCGAUGAAGAAGAAACUAAAAGAAGAAACUCAACAAGAGGAAGAGUGACACAAGGGACCACAUGAAUCCAAGGAUGUGGGACUUUUACCCUGGACAGUAAAAGUGGGAUUUUGAGAAGUGAAGUUAGAGGAACUCAAAUUACAACCGAGGUACACUUGCAGGCGGUCUUCUCAGUGACCCAAGCACCACCUCCAUGGUGGCAGAGUCUGGCCUCCCACCCAGGCCCCCAUACCCAAGAUCCUUGGUGCCAUGGGAACAAGUCGGGCCAACAGGUACGGCUUUGUGUCAGACAUUUUACCGGAGGAGACACGCCAGAAGAUCUCUAGCUUAGGACUCUACAACGGCCACAGUUCCCCCAACCUCCGUCUGCACUCGACCUGUGACGCAGAAGAUAGUAGGAGGAGGUCGGGAGCCUCUGCUGCCGUGCCUGGCACAAGUGAACAAGGAGGUAUGAACAACUACAACGGGAAGGUUCUGACAAGGGGCUCCAACCAAGUACGGAGCCGGUUUGUGAAGAAAAAUGGACAAUGUAAUGUUCUGUUCACCAACAUGGAUGACAAGAGGCAGCGCUACCUAGCUGACAUUUUCACCACCUGCGUGGACAUCCGCUGGAGAUACCUGCUGCUUAUAUUCUGCACCAGCUUCAUGGUCUCUUGGCUUUUCUUUGGCAUUAUCUUUUACAGUGUCUCCCUGGCUCAUGGGGAUUUUGAGGAGCAGCCGGCAGUUAAAGGUGAUGGGAUGGCGGCACCUGGACUGCAUGGACCCACCUCUGGACACACAUAUGGAGGGCAGACACAGAGGAUGCCCUGCAUACUUCACGUUCGCGGCUUUGUUGGGGCACUCCUGUUCUCCAUGGAGACCCAGACCACCAUUGGUUAUGGCUGGCGCUGCGUUACCGAGGAGUGCCCUGUCGCUGUAUUAACAGUUGUCAUCCAGUCCAUUGUCGGCUGCAUCAUUGACUCUUUCAUGAUUGGCACCAUCAUGGCCAAGAUGGCUCGGCCAAAGAAGAGGAACCAGACCCUCAUAUUCUCGAAAAAUGCUGUCAUCGCCCUGCGUGACGGAAAGCUGUGCCUCAUGUGGCGAGUGGGCAACCUGCGGAAGAGUCACAUCGUGGAGGCUCAUGUCCGUGCCCAGCUCAUACGUUCAUACGUCACAGCUGAGGGCGAGUUCAUCCCCUUGGAGCAGAUGGACUUGAAUGUGGGCUAUGACGAGGGCACAGACCGGCUGUUUCUGGUAUCCCCUCUGGUUAUAAUCCACGAGAUAGACAAAGAUAGUCCCUUGUAUACUUUAAGCCGAGCUGAUCUGGAGGCAGAUGACUUCGAGAUCGUCGUAAUCUUGGAGGGAAUGGUGGAGGCCACGGCCAUGACCACCCAGUUCCGUAGCUCCUACCUUGCCAGAGAGGUCUUCUGGGGUCACAGGUUUGAGCCUGUGAUCUAUGAGGAUCGGGACUGCUACAAGGUCGACUACGCUCGCUUCCACAAGACCUACGAGGUGCCAUCGACUCCCCACCUCAGCGCCAAAGAGCUGGACGAGGCCGCGAGCCAGGCAUCUUCUGUUGCUUCACCUGUCUCUGCAUGUAGGACCACACAAGAUUUGAUCCCCAGGUCACUGAGCGCCUUUUGCUAUGAGAACGAGGUGGCGUUGAGUUGUGGGGAGGAAGAGGAUGACAUUUUUGACUCCCAGACUGUAAAGAAGGAGAAGGCAGAGGAGAGGAGGACUUCGGUGUCUGUAGACUUCCAAAAUAUGUUCCAGGACAGUGCGACCAUAUCGUCAGGCAAUCACAACGUCAUGUGUGUUCUGGACAUGGACAAUAACCAGAUGGAGUUUGACAUCCUACAGACUGCCAUCCCUCUCGAUCCAGUGACCUAUAAGAGCGAGCAAGAGAGCUAAAGAUUGUCUGUUUUUUACCUAUAAAUCCUUUCAACUUUAUCUACAGUGAGCUGGACCUGAAGACAGAUUGCUUGUGUUUGACUUUGGAUUGCAUGUACAGAAAUGUAAACCCCUUUUGCCUUGCCGGUGUUGUUUUACAUUUAUAUUUGUUUGUUAUUUCUUCUCAUGGGGAUUAGAAAUCACAAAACAGAUUGCACAUUCCUGAAUAACUUCUGGGACAUGCAACUGCACUGUUUGAAGAGCCAUAACGAUCAACCUGACUGAUUUUGCAGGAGGACAAAGACAAAACCUGAUGGGCUUUUAUUAUGACAACCAAAGGAAAGCA